GUUUCUUUUUUUUAUGUCUUGGGAAGGAGACGCCUUUAAUCACAAAGUUUUGGUUUAUUAAAAAAAAUAUUGUGGAAAAUUGGGAAAUUUUAAAGAAUUGUACGAGUUAUGUUAAUUGGAAUUUAAUAAGUAUUUAGUAAAUGUGUUAUUUAAUAUGUUUAGUAAAAUGAAUUUGAAUUUUAAAGUCGUGUUUACUUGGCCUGACGUUUGCUUGACCAUUGAGUUUUUAGGACUCGUUUCGUUUUAAUCCGAGCAAAUGUAAUUCGAACGAUAUAUUCUUAUUAUUAAUCUUUAUUGUUAAAAAAUUAAUUAAAUUUACAUCUAGAAGAUGGCAUUCUCUGUACUUAUGCCGAACAAUUCCAUGAACUUCACCGAAAAUCAUCAAGGUUCUUUAAUUUUGGAUAAAUUGAGAAUUCAGAGAGAAAAUGGAAGAUUCUGCGAUGUUACUUUUCACGUUAAAGGCAAAGAAUUCAAGGCUCAUCGAAAUGUUCUCGCCGCUUGUAGCCCGUAUUUUGAUUCCGUGCUCAAGAUGCAUAAGAUUGUUAAGGAGCAGUUAACCGUUAGCUGUCGCAGUCACGAGGCCUUCCAAUUGCUGCUCAACUAUAUGUAUACAGGUACGGUAAUGAUAGACAGAAGUAAUGUAGAAGAAUUGCUACGUCUCGCUAACCAUUUUUUGAUCCUCAAGCUGAAAAAUUAUUGCGCCGAAUAUCUAGAACGUUACCUAGACGUUACUAAUUGUUUGUCCGUUAAAGAAAUGGCCGAGAAAUACAAUAUGGUGUCUCUUAUAGAUAACGUGACCAUUUUUAUUCAGAGAAACAUAAAUACUGUGAUGGAACAGGAAGAGAUGUUGGAAUAUCCGCUUUUUAAAGUCGAAUCUUUUCUUUCGAGUAAGAGUUGGUACGUGCCGCAGGCCACGUUGAUGAGGUUUAUUACCAGAUGGGUCGGUUGCGACAUUACCCGACGGGAGAGUGACAUGAGGACCCUACUCACUUUCAUAAAUUGGCACUCUUUGGAUCGUUCUUUUAUCGAAGAACAUUUUGCCGUAGAACCGUUGUAUAAAGAAAAUAAGCAUUGUUUAUUUUUUUGUUUGGAUGGCUUAAAAGAAAGUGGAAUUAAUCUUUACGCGUACCAAACGAUAUAUAAUAACUUGAAAUCUCAAUUUGGAUCUGUCGAACCGCUUGUCGAUAACGAUAAGUUCGUGAAUCUUGCCAUAUCGGCUGCUAUAGAAGAAUUACAACAGAUGCCGCUACCUUCUAAUACCGACGACGAUAAUUGCGGACUGGUAAGCGUUCGCGGUUCCACGGAAAAAAAGAAUGCUAAACAGAUGAAAGAAAAUUUAGGAAACGAAUUAAUGACAAAUAAUAUUACGAAAAAGAAUCCGGAAGAAUCCGAAAGUACGAGCGAAGUAUGUUCGAGAGUUACUCUAAAACAAAGGACUCUCAAUCCAAAUAUUCAGAGGUUACGUUUUGGACAUGCCCGACAUCUUCUUUCGACUUCUAGAAUUAGAAAGAUUAGACUUCGUUGCCAUCAACAAAUAAAACAGUCUAAAUUUACUCAACCUGAAACAAAAUAUCCAAAUGGUGAUCGAGACGAUGGUGAUAGUAACGAUAUUAGCUUUUUUGUGCAUGCUACAAAUGAAAAUCUCGUUAAAUGGAAUGAAGGGGUAAAAUGUCUGCAUUGCAGUUAUGUUGCACGAAGUACUAUGCGAUUAGAAGAACAUGUUUCCAGUGCUCAUGCUAAAGAUAUUAUUUACAAAUGUAGAUUGUGUGAUUUUACAUGCAAGUGGAAUAGAGAAUACUAUCAGCAUAUGAAAACACAUUUCUUGGGUCCACCGUUUCGAUGUGAUUCUUGCGAUUACACAUGUGAUCGUAUUCAGCUUUUGUUAUCGCAUCGAAUGAGACACACCGACGAAAGACCAUUCAAGUGUGAAGACUGUGAUUAUUCUUGUCGAACUAAAGCAAAUUUGGCUGUUCAUGCUCGUUGCCAUACUGGAGAAAAGCCUUAUAGGUGUGAACACUGUGGACGUUGCUUUGCUGUUAAGGGAACCCUUGACCAGCAUUUAGCUACUCAUAGUAAUGAUCGCCCCUUUCUAUGUGAUAUUUGUGGUUUUUCUACCAAAUAUCAGUCUCAUUUAGUUUCUCAUAGACGCAUUCAUUCAGGAGAUGUAUUUCAUUGUCAGCAUCCUAACUGUAAUUACUCUACACCUAAACGUAGUCAACUAUCCUCUCAUAUGAGAACACACACGGCAGUACGUUCUCAUAUAUGCUCAACAUGCGGAAGAGGUUUUAUUGAAAAAAGCCAUUUAGUGAGACACGAAAGAAUUCAUCUGAACGAAAAGCCUUUCAAAUGCGAAGAAUGUGAUUACAGCAGCACCAGAAGAGAUAAAUUGAAGGAACACAUUCGAAAACAUCACGGAGUGAAUGCAACUGCCCGUGCCCCAUAUAAACCUCGUAAGCCUCGCCGUCAAAACUUAAUUUCAACUUGUUACCCAACAAAUUUUCCAACAGAUAAUUCUUUAUAUCAAUCACAACAUGCCUUAAAUCACUGCAAACAAGAAAUGACAAGAGGGGAUAGUUGCAAUAUUGCUACGAGCAUAUAUAAUUUUGCCCAUGCUGCACCACAUGGAAGAACAGAUCCUACAGACCGUAUCUCUAGUGUGCUGCAUCAGUCUAACAGUACUGUUGAUCCUCACGUACUUCAUCCCGAACAAAGGUUAUUACACAAUAGUCAAUUGCCUGUCGCUUCGAAUCUUAAUGCAGGAAACAUAAUGGACAUCGGAAGCGGAUUACACCAACCUGCCCAGUUCGGCGGGCUUGGUUCCUUUAUGUCAAUGUUUUAAUUUCUUGUUAUUUUUCUUUAAUCGCACCAUUCUAUUUUUACAUAUAUUUUUGCAAUUACUAAAAUAUUGUAACAAUCAAUUUUCUGUGAUUUAUCGACUCAAACGCUUGCUGGUAAGUACUUCAACAAUCAAAUCUCGAUUUUUGAAUUUCAAAUUUAGCAUGUUUUCGUCUUUAAACAAAAUAGAUAUUUUGAUCUAUAUCACGUAGUAUUUUUGUGAAAGUAUAAUAAUCUAACAAUAACAUUUUAUUUUCAUUAAUGUUUUGAGUACAAACUUCUAUAUAUAAACACAUGCAUACACAUACACACACCUACACACACAUCUACACACACACACACACACACACACACACACA